AUGUCUACCGAAACUGUCCUCAUCACCGGUGCCUCCGGUUUCGUCGCCACACACGUUGUCGAUUCCUUCCUCAAGGCUGGCUAUGCUGUUCGUGGCACCGUCCGCUCUGAGGAUACCGCUGAGAAGGUCCGUCGCACAUUCCCCCAGUAUGCGGACAAGCUCAGUUUCGCCAUUGUUCCGGACAUUGGUGCGCCCCAUGCCUUCGAUGAGGCCGCCAAGGGCGUUCGUGGUGUCAUUCACACGGCCACUCCUUUCCAGAUCGAGGUUGAGGACAAUGAGCGCGAUCUGCUCAUCCCCGCUAUUGAGGGUACCAACAACGUCCUCGACGCCGUUAAAAAGAACGCUCCCGAGGUGCAACGCAUUGUCAUCACUUCUUCCUUCGCUGCUAUCAUCGACUUGGGCAAGGGUACCCGUCCGGGCCAUGUGUACUCCGAGGCCGACUGGAACCCUCUGACCUAUGAAGUGGCUGCUAAAAAGGAAACUCCCGGUGCUGCUGCAUACACUGCCGCUAAGACCCUUGCAGAGCGUGCGGCCUGGGACUUCGUCGAGCGGGAGAAGCCCUCGUUUGACGUGGUCACAAUCUGCCCUCCCAUGGUGUACGGCCCCAACAUCAACGCUACCACCAACCUCGCCAAACUCAACACUUCCUCCGCCGACAUUUACCGGUUGAUGUCGCCCAACUCCAAGUCCACUGACCCCGUUCCGUCCAACGCUUUCUGGUCAUGGGUUGAUGUGCGCGAUGUGGCUGAGGCUCACCUGAAGGCCUACCAGGUGUCUGAGGCUGGUGGUCAGCGCUUCUUCGUCACCGGCGGCAACUUCAGCUACCAGCAAUUCGUUGACGUCCUGCGGGAGAAGAUCCCUGAGAUCAAGGAUCGCGUGCCCGUUGGCACGCCCGGCUCGGGUUUCGGUGGUGUUGAGCUGUAUGGCGUCGACAACUCCAAGUCCCAGAAGGUUUUGGGUCUUAAGUACCAUGAUCUCGAGCAGACUGUUGUUGACUCUGCGCGUGCCUUCCUCGAGCUGGAGAAGAGUGCGUAA